AUGGACCAGUCGAUGUUGUCUUUCGUCUUAAAACAUUUGCCAGACUACUGGGACACCAAUGUCUCUUAUACCGUUGGUUAUGUCCUUCGUAUCUUGUCCAAAUUGAAUAACCCUGAUGAAUACCAGUAUGUGGAAGCUAUGUUUUACGGAGCAAACAUAAGUCAAAUCAUAAGGGUGCAGAACCCGUACCAAUAUGGCAGAUUUAUGUUAAGGCGUGAAAUGGUCAAUUCCGCUUAUGAAGAUACUGUUUUUCAUGGAGUACAUAAAGAUGAUUUGAACAUAGCAUUGAACUUUAACUGUGACUAUAGGCGUUACAUAAGGAAACGAGAAGGAGUGUAUGAAAACUCUCAACACCCAAUGUUUUAUAAUUCGUUCUCGGAUUUGUUAAACAAAAUUAUUCAUCCUAUUUCAGACAUUCAUGUUUUAGUUUUAAAAAUUAUGACUAAAGCACCAAAGACACAAUGUGACUAUUAUAUUCAGUAUGUUGUUAAGUUUUGAUUUAUUUUCAAAUUAAAAACUAAGAUUUUAAUUGAUUAA